AAAAUCAAAAUAAAAACAAAAAAGAUAAAAAAUAAAAUAAAAAUAAACUUAAACAUAAAGAUAAAGAUAAAAUUUAUUUAUUUAGAAAAGUAAUAGUUUUCCGAUAGAAAAAAUUUCAUGGAUUGGUUAAAAUGAGUGAAAUGUUUUCUUGCUCGAUUUUACCAGUCCAGUAAUGUUUCAGUCGUUGACCAUUAACUUUAAACGUUCCUCCUUUAUUGUUUUGGAGUUCAACAACUCCUUAUGGAAAAACUUGAUUAAUCGAAAAGGGUUCUGACCAUCAGGAUUUAAGUUUACUUGGAAAAAACUUCAAUCUCGAAUUGAAGAGAAUGACUUGUUGUCCUGCUUUGAAUACGGGGACGGAUGUCCUUAUCAUGCCAUCUUUUUUAUUUUGCUUUAAAAAUUUUGGCAUUCUCAUAAGAGAAUAAUCUCAUAUUUUCCAACUCAUUGAGUUGUAAUAUCCGUUUGUCUCCAAUGGAGUUUAGGUUUAAAUUGACUUGUUUAAGAGCCCAAUAGGCUAUGAGUUCAAGCUCCAAUGGAAAAUGACAUGCUUUAUCAUAGACUAACUUGUAAGGAGAUAUCCUUAAAGGAGCCUUAAAUGUCGUUCGGUAAGCCCAUAAUGCUUCAACAAGUCUUCGGGACCAAUAUCUUCUAGUUGGGUGCACUACUUUCUCAAGUAUGCUCUUUAUUUCUUUAUUCGCAUACUCAGCUGAACAUUCGUCUGAGGAGAAUAAGUUGUAGCAACUUUAUGCUUUACAUUAUACUUUUCCAACAACCAAAUCAGGUAAAAUUUAUGCUUCAGUAGAUGGGCUCAGAUGUAUUGGCACAAGUGUUACAAGAUGCUUAAGUGAAUAGUUCCGAACACUUGUAUCGACACAAUUAGGUAGUUGUACCAAUACAACAAUGUUAAGGGAGGAUCCUUGCACUGUUUUGCUAGUUUUAAGCCUUCCAAGUCUCGUUUUAGGCCUCAGACACCUCCAAUCACCUGUAAUUGGAUUCUAAAUGCUAAUAACAUGAUUCUUGCCUAUUAAAUGCAAAUCUAUCUAUUUUCUAUGAUUUUAUAAAAAUAUUUUAUUACUUAAUUCAUAAAUAAAGUACUGGUUUUUACAUUGAAAAUGUUUUGUGAGCAUCUCUCGUUUGUACAGCCCAUCAAGAUGAGUGAGGGACCUUAAAAAUUGUCUUUAGGUAGUUUUUUUCAAGACUUUAUGAUAGCUAAUUGGAUGGACAUGAGAGUGUAUAUUGUUGUGAAAGAUUGAAUUUAGAAGGAAGUUGUUUCAUUUGGAGUUAGAGGAGUGUAGGGAGUUGUGGAAAAAGAUGGAUGGGGCCGGUAAAUGACUUUGAAAGAGAGUAUAAACUUGUGUGGAUGUCGGCUACAAACACAAGAUUUGUGGUCAGUUGUAUGGUGCAGGAAUUGGAAAAAGCAACAAUACAAUGAUAGCUCUCGAUUAUAUGUAAGAUUUGUUUCUUUUGUUGAACUGGUGCUUCUCUUGAUGCAUGAUGAUGAUAUGAACUCUAAAUAUUCUGAAAUUAGUAGGAGUAUGAACUCUAAAUGUGACCAAAUCCACGUAUAAUUAGGAAAAGAUGUGGAAUUGUGCUUAUUGAGGUGGAUUAGUAACUGUUUAGUGUAAGUAAUCCUUUGUCAAUGUCGAAAAUAAUGGAUCAGGAAUAUCAGUUUGGGGUGGGGUUUUAGGAGACAUUCCAAAUCUGAAUAAAGUCAGCUGAAGGUUAAAUUUAGAAAAAACUGUUAGGGACAACUUAUCGUGGUUUUAGUUCGAAGAAAAUGUCAAUGUUAGAUUUCAGUUGUAAUCGCAACAGUUGUAUAUAAACCUUGCUAUAAAAUAAGGUCUAAGACACUGACGUUUUAAUUUAUGACAACUAAAUAAUAAUAGUAGUGUUGGUCUUUAUUACUUAUUCACAAAUAAAGAAAAGGCAAAGAGAGCUAGUAUUCCGAUCUAUAUUUGUAUUUACUUCUAUAUCUUCAUUGCAUCUUUAGUGGAAAAUGCCGGCAGUCGUAGUAAGCGGCUCUGGUGAGAAUCAAGAAUUUGAAGGCAGGAUAACAGUGUAUGUCAUAGUUUGUGUGAUCAUAGCAGCCUUUGGAGGCUUGAUGUUUGGAUAUGAUAUUGGCAUUUCAGGUGGAGUAACAUCCAUGGAUGAUUUCUUAAAAAAAUUCUUUCCAGCUGUGUUUGAAAAGAAACAUCAUGCACUUGAAAACAAUUACUGCAAAUACGAUAACCAAUUCCUCCAGUUGUUCACGUCUUGCUUGUACCUUGCUGCUUUAAUAGCUAGUUUUGUAGCUUCAAAGGUGUGCUCAAAAUAUGGUAGGAAACUCAGCAUGCAGAUUGCUUCAAUAUUUUUCAUAAUAGGCGUGAUUUUGACUGCUGGAGGUAUCAACAUCGAAAUGAUAAUUUUUGGGAGAAUUUUUCUCGGCUUUGGUGUUGGGUUUGCCAAUCAAGCGGUACCACUCUUCUUAUCGGAGAUAGCUCCACCUAAUCUUCGCGGAGCACUCAACAUAAGUUUCCAGCUCUUCAUUACAAUUGGAAUUUUGGUAUCCAAUCUGAUAAACUACUUUACAACAAAUGUCCAUCCUCAUGGAUGGAGAAUUUCUCUUGGCAUUGCUGGUGUCCCUGCUUUGAUGCUUUGUUUGGGAUCUAUACUCAUUUGUGAGACUCCAACUAGCCUUAUUGAACGUCACAAAGUUGAGGAAGGAAGGAAGGUUCUGAGGAAGAUUCGUGGUGUCGAAAAUGUUGAUGACGAGUUUGAUUCAAUUAUACAUGCAUGUGAGAUGGCAAAGCAAGUAAAGGACCCUUUCCGCAAACUAAUGAAGCCAGUUAGCCGACCCCAACUAGUAAUUUCCAUCUGUUUGCAAAUUUUCCAGCAAUUUACUGGAAUCAACGCUAUAAUGUUCUACGCUCCUGUUCUGUUCCAGACGGUGGGAUUUGGGAAUGAUGCUGCAUUGCUUUCAUCUGUUAUUACUGGCCUUGUCAAUGUGUUUAGUACUGUAGUUUCAAUAUAUGUAGUAGAUAGGGCUGGCAGGAGAAUUCUGCUACUUGAAGCUUGUGUCCAAAUGUUCAUUUCUCAGGUUAUUAUUGGCAUAAUCCUUUUCAAAGAAUUGAAAACCACAGGUGACAAUCUUUCCAAAGGAGAGGCAAUCUUUGUGGUGAUCUCGGUGUGUACCUUUGUCAUGGGCUUUGCCUGGUCAUGGGGGCCUCUUGGUUGGUUAAUUCCUAGUGAGAUUUUCCCUCUGGAGACCAGAUCAGCUGGUUUUGCCUUUGCAGUCAGCACCAACAUGCUCUUCACUUUCAUCAUUGGUCAAGCUUUCCUCUCAAUGCUAUGCCAGAUGCAAGCUGGAAUCUUUUUCUUUUUUGCUGCCUGGGUUAUCAUAAUGGGAGCCUUCACAUGGUUCUUGGUGCCUGAGACCAAAGGUGUCCCUGUUGAUGCUAUGGUUGACAAAGUCUGGAAGCAGCACUGGUUCUGGCGUUCUUUCAUGAUCGAGGAUGACAGGCCCGAUGUCAAGGUUGUUUGAUCCAACUACAAUGAAGUUCCUAGUUGUGUUUCAUUCUUUUUUCUUGUAAAAUUUACUGCUGGACACUACGCUAGCUAUUGGGCUCACUACAGGAUCGAUCGUGACUACUUUUGUUAUUGGGUUGAGCUUUCGGUAUUUUAUUAUGGAAAAUAAAUGAGAAAGGCAAACAUUU